UCGGGGAACACCUUGCGCAGCCGAAGCAGGGCCCAUUCGGACCCGACACAGCGACACAGCGCGAGUCUACUACAGACGGUAGUGAGCGGAAACGCAGUCGAGAUGAAGCCAGCUAUGACGCCAGGAGUGGUGAACCAGCCGCUCUUCGCGUCACCGACACCGGCGAUGGACGCACCUGCCGACGUCGGCGGUGUCGACCAGUCGCCUCCUCCUCCGCCGCCGCCGCCGGUCCGGGUCAUGUCCAACACGCCAACGCCCUCGCCAAACAUGUCGGCGCUUGGGCUCGUCUUCUCGGACGAAGACGAUAUAGCCAAGGUGCAGCAGGACCGGCCGCGGCUGGAGAUUCCGGGCAGGGGGAAGGCACGGCGCGGUCCGGGUUCGCGGUCGACCGGAUCGACGCCGCGGCUGAAGAGGGCGGCAACGAUGAUUGUGAUGCGCGAGGAGAACGGUUGUAACCAGGUUCUGCUUGGCCAGAUUGAGGUGGUCAACGCUAUCGCGUCGACACCAGGCAACGAGGUCCGAAACCGAUUUGCAGGCGAGUUUCGGUUCCUCGGCGGGAAAGCGUUUCCAGAUGAGGCGACGCCAGUUGAGACAGUAACCCGCGAGCUCAAGGCCGUUGGCUUUCCGCAUCUCGACGACUUUGCACUCCAGGUUGUGCUCUUGCACAAGAAGCGGCGGUUUGGUGAGUACGAGAUGCACACGUUCUUCGCCGACGUCCGCGACAACCCGCAGGUUCUCGGCGUCAACAUCGGAACCAUCAACGAGUACCUCGCCAAGCGGCGGGAGGCACGCCGAAAGCUCAUUGAGAGCGGCGAGUUCUUCCGGCUUCCGCGAAUGCAAAAGAUGGCGCUUGCGCCCAAGCUGCACCACUUGGAGUGGAUUGGUGUCGAUGAAGCGCUCGAGUGGACGUCGCCGGAGCGGAGGGCAGUCAACGCGUACCAGGCGCGUGAGUUUGAGCGACUGGGUGUGACGGCACGUGAGGUGUCGCGUGGAACAACGGCGACGCUGCUCGAGCUCCGGCACCUCGGCUCGAUCAAGGCCAUCAAGGACGCAUCGCUCCACGCGCAUCUCGAGUCGUUUGCGGUCACGCACUCGCUCGACCCGGCCCCGCUGGUGGCGCAGCUCUACUCGCGCAUGCCGGCGUCAGACCGCGCCGGAAGCUCAUCGCGCGAGCUUCUGCGACCGUUAGGCGGCGAGCCCGACGCGGGCUUUAGGCGCGCCAGUGACGGCAUGCGACGCAAUCGCUCGUACCACGCGUUGCCCUCGCCCAAGACUGACGAGCUGCCUGUCGAUGGCGGCGGUGGCCCUGCGCCCCAACUUCGGCUCCUCUCGUACAACGUCAAUGUGCUUCCGCGCGGAGUGUGGAUGUUUGGCACCGGCCAGGGCUUGCAUGCAUCGGAGCGCUUGGCAGCGAUUGCGGCGAGAAUCUCCAAGGGCAACUACGACGUCCUCGCACUGCAGGAGCUCUUCCACACGCCACUUCUGCCUGGUGAUUUGCAGGCAAGCUUUGUGGCACAAAUGCACGAGGCUGGCUUCCAUCAUGUGGUGACCUCGCCCAAGCCGUCGCUGGGGCGAAUGCUACUCCGCUCCAAAGUCACCGACUCGGGCCUUAUCAUCUGCUCCAAGUACCGCAUUGUCGAAUCCGAGUCGCUCACGUUCUCGUCGGCGGGCUGGGGCCUCGACAUGGGCGCAUCCAAAGGCGUACUGUACGCGCUUGUCGAGCUUGGGCCGCGGUCGUGGCUCCACGUCUUCAACUGUCACCUGCAGGCAGCGCACAGCGGCAUGUCGUCGCGCGAGCUGGCACAGAUUCACGCGCGGCACCUCUUUUCCUACGUUCUCACGGGUGAUUUCAAUGUUGAUGCCAUCGCCGAGUCGCAGGCGCGGGUCCUGCUCGGUGUUCCGCAGCUGCCGGGCACGGCCGAGUCGGACGACUACCGGCGAAUGAUGGAGACGCUCAACCCGCGCGGCAACGUGGUGGACUUACUCAAAGCUGCCAAGGGCCGGCAUGUGACUACUCGCCCGCCGCGACUUCGGUUUCCAGCAUCAAUGCAUGCGGCACUGCGGCACAAGUACCCGCAGCGGCUCGACUAUUUUCAGGACCACGACGAGCGGCAGCCGUUUGAGUUUCUCUCAGACCAUUUCGGCAUCGAAACGGCGUUGCUGAUCAAUCGUGAGCUGACAUGGGAGCCGGUGCUGGCGGAAGAGGCGCCACCUAUGCCGCCGCGGCUGCUACGGCAGGACUCGCGGCAGCGCCGCGAGAUCGAGUCACAGAAGAGCGGGCGGCUAUGUCGGGCAAGCGAGUGCGGCAACGUCUACGAGCUGUUUCUCGACUCGGUCCGGCAGCACGGCCACCGACCAUGCCUUGGCGAACGAGCUCUGGACGCCAAUGGAGGACUCGGGUCGUACGCGUUUGCAACCUAUGACGAAGUCCACGAGCAGGUCCGCGACUUUGGGUCAGGCUUGCUGCAGCUCGGACUCGCGCCGGGCUCGAAUGUUGGCAUUCUCUGCACCCAGCGCGGUGAGGCAAUUGUGGCCGAGCUGGCAUGCGGCAUGUACUCGUUGGUCACUGUCCCACUGUUGUGCCUUGGCGCGGCAGCGGUGCCUUCUCUCAUUCACGAGCUCCCGCUCAAGGUGGUUGUCACAUCGCGAGCGUGGACGCUCGAGGCUGUGAGGACUGGGUGGAUUUCCUCGGAGACAGUAGUGGUUCAAGUGGAGCGACUGGAGUAUGCGGAGCGUGCAGCGGCGGCAGCGGCGGGUAUUCGGCUGAUGGAUCUCGAGUAUGUGGCGCAGAUGGGACGGAACCACCCUCUGCCUGCGCUGCUGCCGCAACGGUCACAGGUGGCGGUGGUAGUCUUUACCUGGGAUGACGACAACGAGUCGGGACGCGAGAUGGUGUCACGACACAUGUUGAGCCACGGAGCCAUUGUAGACGGCAUCAUGGGGCUCUACGGCUGGCUCGGAUCGACGCUCGACGAGCACGAUGUGCACUACUCGUUUCUGCCGCUCGAUCAUGUGUGUGAGCGGUCAUUUGUCGGGCUUAUGCUGUUUGUGGGCGGAAGGAUUGGGCUUUCGUCACCUGCAGGCGCCGACACAGUGUUCGGCGAUAUGGCGAUGCUCAAACCAACGUACGUGCUUGGGACACCGGUGUUGUUCAAGAAGUUUUGGAACUUGCUUGGCUCGGCACAGAGCGAGUGGCCGUGGUACCGACGCCUGGUCUUCGACCUCGGAUUCUACCUCAAAGUGGCACGGCUCUCGCGCGGGAGGUUCCAGAUCGAGGAGUGGUGGGAUCGGCUCAUUUUCCAGCCCAUUGCGUCGCUGCUGGGCUCACGACUGCGGUUCAUUGUGUCUGUUGGCGAGGGUGGACCGCCACCUCCGCUACUCAUUCAGCAGUUUCUUGAAGUAGUCAUCUGCGCCCCGCUCGUCCACACAGUGGCACUCCCGCACGCGGCCGGCUAUUGCCUGCGGUCAAUGGCACUCGGUGGCGAGCAGGAUGCACUGCUGUUCCCGCUCCGACGGCCGGAGCUGGUCAAGGUUGAGCCGGAACAGGACGGCGAGCUCUGCCUGCGCGUGGUGUCCACCCGCGAUGGGGUUGUGGUGGCGCUGCUAAUUGUCGAACGUGCGUACGGCUUUGCAUCGGACUUGGUCUCGCAGAUCUGGUGCUGGAUGGACAGUCGCGAUGUGCUGCGGGCAGUGGUCGCCGUCGAGCACGAGAAUGUGUACGCGUGGGCACGGCAGCGUGAGUUUGCUUCGCUCGACAUCGAGGCGCUCUGUGCACUGGACGAGCUUAAGCACGCACUCCUUGACGCAUUUGCGAUGGCGUGGGAGGUCGGAGAUGUGCAGCCGAGAGUGGCCGCAACACAGCUCGCGGAUGUGCGUCUUGUUGCGGACGCGUUCACC